AUGAGGUGCCGAGGCGCUGUUACCUCGUCUCUGCUGGCGGGAUUCCUCGUCGGAGUCAUGGCCGGCGACUUGAUCGAGGAGAUGCGACGGGAUUUCCGAACGGGCUUAUUCGGGCGGCAGGCGAUAUCUGAUAUACAGCAAUUUAGCCCGAGCAGUCCUCUAGGAGGCAAGACUCCAGCGAAGAUAGAGUUCGACAAAAGCAAUACAGAGAAGCCUUUCAAAAUCACCAACAGCAGCAUAUCAGAAGGCCAGACGUUUAACGACUUCAGCACCGCCUCAAACCGCGUCUGCGACGACCUAAAGAACGCCUGCGCCGACACUGCCAACCAGAACAGCAACAAGGCCUUCAGCGUGCAAGACUGCGACAAACAACGUGAGGAUUGCAUGACAGCAAAUCAGCCUACCGAAGAGGACGGCGAAUUCCUUUACUUCUGCGACUGA